GCAUUAUCUAAAGAAACAGAAUAUUAUUUAGGUAUAUAUGAUGUCGAAAAUAAACUUGAUGAAUCAAUGUUAAUGGUUAACAAAAUCUUGAGUGGAGAUCCAGUACGUGGUAAUAUGGCCAUUGAUACUACUAAAAACUUGAAGAAUGGACAGUUCAUCAAGUUUAUGUACAGAAAAGAUUAUUCGAAAUUCGAAUCAAUUCCAAAGGUUUCUAAUAAUAAUAGUAUAAAUCUAGUGCUAGCGACAUCAGAUAAAGAGGAGAUGGACUUUUCCGCUUCUUCACCAACCUUGAACACAAUAUUUACAGAAAAAAAUAUUUUUGGUGGAAUCAGUGAAAAUGGAAUAAUUGUUGGAAAAGGUGCUAUAAGUGAAAAUCAAAUUGGUACUUCUUGGCAAACAUUAACGAACCCUCGAAUAUCAUCAAGUCUUCCUUUAUCAAGAUUACAAAGCCAUUCUCCGAUAUUUCACAUAUCAAACAAUCCUUUUAAUAUAAGAUUUUCAACUAAUAUUUUAAAUAAUGUUUUUGGAUCAAUCGUUAAACGAUUACCAAAAUUUUGGAAAAUAUGGUUUACUAUUGGUGUGGUAGUAGGGAUUAUAACUUUCUUAUUUGGUAUUGGCACCAUGAUUGUGGCUAGUUGGAAACUUUUAAUAGCGAUAUUUGAUUUACUUGGAUCAAGUUGGUCUGCCGAGACGGAAAUUGUAUCACCAGAUAUUGUAAAAAGGAGCUUUGAAGAUAAUAAUGUUCAACAUGAUAUCAAUGAAAAAGAUCAUCAAGUAUUUAUUCCUGUGGCCGGUCAUGCUCUUGCUGCCGCAAAGGAACGUAUUGAGAUUAAAUCGACGGGAAUAUUUCUAUAUAUCCUUUAUCCUGGAGCUUUUGUAGAAUUUGAUUUACAUGAAUUAAAAGAUCUUUCUGCUCUUAAACAACUUCGCAUAAUAUGUGCAGGAGUGUGGCAUAAUGCUGUCUUAUUUCUUUUGGGUACAUUAUUACUUAACACUGGGAUAUUAACAAUGUUUAUGGGUAACACUGCUUGGAGGCUAGUGGAUGGUCUCGGAGUUAGUGUCGUUUCUGUUGAAAGUGAUACUGCAUUGUCUACUUAUUUAAAACCUUCAAUGUUAAUAACGAAAUUAGAUGAUUUCGACUUGUCAGGAUCAUCAUUGGAUAGUUGGAAUGAUUAUCUUUUACAAAAUGAAAAACUAUAUAUUGACUCUUUAGGAUUUUGCGCUUCAAAAAAGGAUUCAGCGUCAUUGGAUUGUUGUGAUAUUUCUAUUGACCAUCCUUAUGGAAAUGCAAAAGAUAAUAUGACUUCAUGUUUCAAGAGAAUUGAUGAAAACAAUGAACAUAAACAGGAAUUAGCAUGUUUACCCACAAUACCAAUACUUUUAAAUAUUGACGCAAAACGUUGCCUUAAUGACGCUGAUUGUUCAUCUGCUUCGUCAAUGUGUGUUUUACCAUAUAUGCCCAAAGGUUAUCCGAAACCUUUAAGAAUAUAUUUUAAGGAUGCACCAUGGGUUCAAGAAAAUGAUGAUCAAGAGAAACUCGUAUUAUAUAUUGGUGAACUCGUUGAUGUAUGGGAAAUUGUACAAGUUAGUAUCCUUCAACCCAGAUGGUCAUGGGUACCGAUAUGGAUUCCAAUAUCUAUUGAAUUGACUUUACGGUAUACUAUUUCUUUUUCACUUGCAUUAGGUGUUCUUAACAUAUUGCCAGCAUUUAAACUAGAUGGACAUUAUGCUUUAAAUGCACUAUUACUUUGGAUAUCUGGAGUUGAUUAUGAUCUAGAUGAUAGUGUCUAUACAAGUAAUAUUAAACAUAGAAGAAAACGAUUUGGAAAAGGAGUUGUUUUCCUUGUUACAGGCUUAGUUGGAUGGGUUGUAGUAGGCACUUUAUUUUUUAGCCUGUUUUCAAAUUACAGUAAACCUUUGUAA